AAUACAAUAUAUGUAGUAUGCACGUGAUUUGAUUUUCCCUUUUGUUAGUAAACAAGAUAAUAAGUUUUGAUAUUGAUUUUUUUUUCAAAAAUGAAUUGUAAGAAACCCGCUUUUAGUUGUCUGAAGUAUGUAACAUAUGCGUGGAAAAAUCGUGUUUUACCAUCAACAAAAUAUCUCCACAAAGUUGUUCAGUUUUCAACACAACGUAGCGACCGAUACCGAGUUCAUAUAAUACCGGCUUUGAAGGAUAAUUAUAUGUAUUUAUUGACUGAUAAGUUUUUAAAUUUCGGAAUAGCUAUAGAUCCAGUGGAACCUAAAAAAAUCCUGGAUACUUUAGCUGCUGAAGGAGCGGAGUUGAAAGCAGUCAUUACUACGCAUCAUCAUUUUGAUCAUGCUGGAGGAAAUAAACAGAUCAGUGAGGUAGUUGAAAAUCUAACAAUAUAUGGUGGUGAUGAAAGAAUCGAAUCAUUAACAGAAAAGGUGUAUCACAAUCAAACUUUUAAAAUUGGUGACUUGGUAUUCAGAUGUUUACAUACACCAUGCCAUACAAGUGGUCAUGUUUGUUACUUUCUUGAAGGUGAUUCUUUUCGUGAGCCCAUAUGCUUCACUGGUGACACCCUUUUUAUUGCUGGAUGUGGCAGAUUUUUCGAGGGUUCUGCUAGAGAUAUGUAUAAAUCUCUUAGUAUAUUAUCAACACUACCUUUAAAUACAAAAAUUUACUGUGGGCAUGAAUAUUCAGUGAAUAAUUUAAAGUAUGCAUUAACUGUGGAACCUGAUAAUAAAGCCACUGUAGAAAAACUUAAGGAAAUAGAAGCAAAAUUAAUAAGAAAUCACCCUUCAGUUCCUUCUACCAUUGGAGAAGAACUUAGUUACAACCCAUUUUUAAGAGUUGAUAAAAAAUCAGUCCAGUUAUAUACUAAUGAAACUGAUCCUGUGGCAGUAAUGGCUAUUCUACGUAAACUGAAAGAUAAUUUCUAACUUAUUUGAAUGACAGUUCAUAAACUUACUGCAAUGAUUUCACACUGAAAUCUCUAUCAGGAUAUUAAAUUUUUUGUUAUAA